GGCGUUCUAUUGAAUAUGGAGAAGACAAACAAACCAACUAAGAUAAUUUGAAACUUUUAGUAUCCAAGAGGGCUGGAUACAGCUGCGUCUAUUACAUCUCAGGAAUUGUUAAGGUUUCCAGAGAGAGAACAAAAUGUGACGAAAAUGCUUUUCUCAAUUCGGAAAUGCCAAUAGAGUCCUUCAUCCUGUGGCGCGCACGCGCCAAAUGCCCACGCAAAGAAGUCACGCAGGCUUCUUCUGGCCUGUAGAAAUCUGGCUUGCUGAGCUGGGACACCGCCUUAAGAAGGAUAAUUUUUUUCAUCUAUUUCAUGUCUGAUUUUCGUCCCUGCUAGCGUGAUCGCCGUAUCCGGAAUAGCUACAGUCUUUUCUUUUUUUUUUUUUUUUUUUUUUUUUCCUCUUUGUAGCCAAGGCUUCCGCCCGUGCCCAAGAUGGCGUCCAGGCGUCCUUCUUAACUUCCACCUGUCUUGGUGGCGUCUGACGUCGCAGCUGGUAGUGGGUGGAGCUUUUAACAAACCGCAAAUGUAGGGUCCUCUGAGCGGGAGUCAGACAUGGACUGGAAAGACGUGCUUCGCCGGCGGUUAGCGUCGCCCAACACGGAUCCAAAGAGGAAAAAAAGUGAACAAGAAUUAAAAGAUGAAGAAAUGGAUUUAUUUACCAAAUACUACUCAGAAUGGAAAGGAGGUAGAAAAAACACAAACGAAUUCUAUAAGACUAUUCCCCGGUUUUAUUACAGGUUGCCAGCUGAAGAUGAAGUAUUACUACAGAAAUUACGAGAGGAAUCUAGAGCUGUCUUUCUACAGAGGAAAAGCAGAGAACUCUUAGAUAAUGAAGAAUUACAGAACUUAUGGUUUUUGCUGGAUAAACACCAGAUACCACCUAUGAUUGGAGAGGAAGCAAUGAUCAAUUAUGAAAAUUUUCUGAAGGUUGGUGAAAAGGCUGGACCAAAGUGCAAGCAAUUUUUUACUGCAAAAGUCUUUGCCAAACUCCUUCAUACAGAUUCAUAUGGAAGAAUUCCCAUCAUGCAGUUCUUCAACUACGUCAUGCGGAAAGUUUGGCUACAUCAGACAAGAAUAGGACUCAGUUUAUAUGAUGUUGCUGGGCAAGGAUACCUUCGGGAAUCAGACUUAGAGAACUACAUUCUGGAACUCAUCCCUACUUUGCCACAGUUAGACGGCUUGGAAAAGUCCUUUUACUCCUUUUAUGUUUGUACGGCAGUUAGGAAGUUCUUCUUCUUUUUGGAUCCUCUUAGAACAGGGAAGAUCAAAAUUCAAGAUAUUUUAGCAUGCAGCUUCCUAGAUGAUUUACUGGAGCUAAGAGAUGAGGAAUUGUCCAAAGAAAGUCAAGAAACAAAUUGGUUUUCUGCUCCUUCUGCCCUGAGGGUCUAUGGUCAGUAUUUGAAUCUUGAUAAAGACCAUAAUGGCAUGCUGAGUAAAGAUGAGCUCUCCCGAUAUGGAACAGCAACCAUGACCAGCGUCUUCCUAGACCGUGUUUUCCAGGAGUGCCUCACUUACGACGGAGAAAUGGACUAUAAGACCUACCUGGACUUUGUUCUUGCCUUAGAAAACAGAAAGGAGCCCGCAGCUCUGCAGUAUAUUUUCAAACUGCUGGACAUUGAGAACAAGGGAUACCUGAAUGUCUUUUCCCUUAAUUAUUUCUUUAGGGCCAUACAAGAACUAAUGAAAAUCCAUGGACAGGAUCCUGUUUCAUUUCAAGAUGUCAAGGAUGAAAUCUUUGACAUGGUUAAACCAAAGGAUCCUUUGAAAAUCUCACUUCAGGAUUUAAUCAACAGUAAUCAAGGAGACACAGUCACUACCAUUCUAAUUGAUCUCAAUGGCUUCUGGACUUACGAGAACAGAGAAGCCCUUGUUGCAAAUGACAAUGAGAACUCUGCAGAUCUUGAUGAUACCUGAUCUCUGCAAGAACAGACUUCCUUCAUAAAGAUGCCUGAAUGCUGCAUGCAAAACCUUUGAAGCAGAAUCCUUAGAAACAUUAUAAAUAAAACUCAUCACGUGCCUGUACAACACAGCAAA